AUGCAUGAAUUUGGCCCGCUGCUCAGGGCAAUUCGCAUUCAGCGUCAUACUAUUCGGUCCCCGAGUCCACAACGGGAGCUCACGUCUGAAAGUGACCUGCCCCUCGCAUUUGGGGAAGACCUUCACGCUCUGAUUCGGCGGUCCCUGCGGUGUACCUUUGAACAUCUUGAUAACCGUGCUGAGCAACGUGCCGAGCCCCAAGUUGAUCCCCAGGCUGAGCCUCAGGCUCCAAGCCAACCGGAAGAUCUUCUUUUCAAUCAAGUUCUCGAUCGAGUCCUUGACGUGCUUUCCGAUGGCACCAAUAUCUUGAUCGGGGUAGGCCCUGAUGCUCUUAUGCUGGCGAAAUUCAUCCCAGAUCUUUCGAUCUAUGAAGCUGGUGAAGCUAGCAAUAGAAAUGUCCUGAGUCUGAACCGCCUUCCAGGCGACCUGAAGCCCUCAUGGAAAUGGUCACCCAGCAUGAUGAAUAGUUCUUUUAUUGAUCCAGAAUUCUUCAAACCUCUAGCACAAGUGAACUGGUACAUGACGCAGCAUGGCACGCAGUUUGGCUUCAUUCUUACCGACCAAGAGCUGGUUCCAAUUCAGCGAGUCGAUGAUGAUGGGAACUUGAAGCUGGGUGCUCCGAUCCCCUGGACCCAGACUGGCACAUCCAAAGAGCCGCAGCUCACGGUUGCGCUUGGCUUAUGGUAUCUGGGAAUGCUGACUGCGGAUGACACUCUAUAUCGUGCUCGCCAGUGA